AUAAACUGUUCCGGUCGGCUUUUCCCAGAGACAACUCACCACAGUCUUCUGUGAAGGAAUUAUUUUAACUGGUUGCUCUUCGUUUCCAUUCUUGUGAACAAAAUGCCUUUAAAGUUUGAGCUGUGUCCCGGUAGAAUGAUCGGAGGUAACCAUCCAUGCUUCAUCAUAGCUGAAAUUGGACAAAACCACCAGGGAGACAUCGAGAUUGCCAAGAAAAUGAUCAAGAUGGCAAAGGACUGUGGUGCCGACUGCGCCAAAUUCCAGAAGAGUGAAUUAGAGUACAAGUUCAACAAGCGAGCCUUGGAGCGCCCCUACACCUCCAAACACUCAUGGGGGAAAACAUACGGUGAACACAAGCGCCAUCUAGAGUUUAGCCACGAGCAAUACAGGGAACUGCAGAAAUAUGCAGAGGAAGUGGGGAUCUUCUUCACUGCCUCAGGGAUGGACGAGAUGGCAGUGGAGUUUCUCCAUGAGCUCAAUGUGCCUUUCUUCAAAGUGGGAUCUGGAGACACCAACAACUUCCCCUAUCUGGAGAAGACUGCCAAGAAGGGACGUCCCAUGGUGGUGUCCAGUGGGAUGCAGUCCAUGGAGACGAUGCGUCGGGUCUACAAGACGGUGAAAGAGCACAACCAGAACUUCACCAUCCUGCAGUGCACCAGCGCCUACCCUCUGGAAGCUGAAGACGUCAACCUCAGAGUGAUCACUGAAUACCAGAAGGAAUUUCCUGAUAUUCCCAUUGGCUACUCGGGACACGAGUCUGGGAUCAGUAUUUCGGUGGCGGCCGUUGCUCUUGGGGCAAAGGUCAUCGAGCGUCACAUAACCUUGGACAAGACGUGGAAAGGAAGUGACCACGCAGCCUCACUGGAGCCCUCUGAGCUGACUGAGCUGGUCCGCUCCAUCCGACUGGUGGAGAGGGCACUGGGCAGCGGCCUCAAGCAGAUGCUGCCCUGCGAAAAGCCAUGCCAUGAUAAGUUGGGGAAGUCAGUGGUGGCAAAAGUAAAAAUCCCCAGAGGAACCGUCCUGACUGUGGACAUGUUGGCAGUAAAAGUGGCUGAUCCCAUGGGAGUUGCAGCUGAAGACAUCUUCCAGCUGGUCGGUAAGACCGUGUCGGAGGACGUGGAGGAGGACGACAGCGUCACGCCAGGGGUGGUGGACAGCUACGGAAAGAGGGCUAAGUGCUGAGGAUGGAAGAGAGGUUUAAAAUGAGUUUAAAAAAAAAAGAAGAAAAGAAAAAAAGGCACUUAAUUUGGAAAUUGAAUUGUUUCCUCUGGGGAUAAAUCUGAAGGAGCUCAAGAUGACACCUGCAGGAGUGUGAUGGUAAUUUUGUUCGGUGCUGCUGAGAUCUCUGACAUUCAAGUCACGGACCAUACUGUAAUUGGAGAUUGUAUUAGAGUCUGAUAGUUUGAAUAUCAUCACAGUUCCUGUGCUCUGAACACCCCCCCACCCCCCUCAGCUCUUCAUUGCCAAAGCAUUUUUUAAUUUUCUAAAAGCCACUUAUUACUUACAUAAUACACAAGCUCUGGCAAACAGGCUCUUUAAUCAACCUACCAUUAUCUUACAAGAGGCUCGGUAGUAGUUCCAGCUUUUUGUUCUUGUGCAGUUCUUUACUGAGGUCGCACAAAAGCCAGUUGUUACUGUUAUCUAAAUAUACUUUGCACUGUACACGGUCAGUGUAUUCUUUUUGUACCUGCUCACUGAGCUGUCAGGAUUGUCGGCCAGAACCAGAAUGACUUAAUCAAAAUGAGUUAGUUUUUGUACUUGCUGUUUAACCUUAUUUUUGUCAUCAACCAGGCUUCUUCUGUCUUUAUUUCUGGCACCAACACGGUCCACUAACCAUCAUUUAAGGAUGUUGUCAGCAUGUGGAAAAUGUUGAAACUGAAUGUUGAGAAAUCUUAUGAUAAUCUGAAAAGAUGAAGCCUCCAAAUAAAAUAUCAAUUUUCAAUCAUAUAUCAA